AUGGGGUACCGUCAGCAAUCGCUGACUGUUGGUGCUUGUGUGGCAUUACACAACUUUCUGCAAAUUCACAAGGCUCUCCAGGAGCCAGGCUUUGGCGAGGAUGCGGAGGAAGAUGGAUAUGAUCCCUGGGAAGAUGCGUAUUUCAACAGCCUGGUGUCUGUGGGACCAAUGAUAGCCAUGCAUGCAAUUGAUGAGGAGGAGAAGGCUCGUGCAAACAUGCGAAGGGAUCGAAUUGCAAAUGCUAUGUGGCAAGAGUAUUUGGUCACUCAUCCUGACCUUGUGUAG